UUCAAUGAAAACAUCCCUCCAGCAAGUUUCUAUCAUGCCAUUUCAGUCCCAUCGUGAAAGAGACACCGUAAACAUAUCGGAUCUUGACUUUAUGACCCAGAAGGCCCUGCAGCCAAACUCCAAAGACAGAUGGUGCAACAAGCAGUGACAGUGCUGAAGAUUCACUAUCCUGACCUGUCAGUGUUUUUAAUGUUACUGCCAAAGACAUGUGAUUUGUGCAGGCAUUGGCAAUGGCUCAUGCCUCCUAGCAUGAAAGAUCUGUGAUUGAAAAGGUACAAACUUCUCCAGUCUUGAGUCACAAGAAGGGGAAAUACAAAAUGGUGGACUCCCAAUGCCGGUGCGGAAGUUUGCAUUUAACCAAACAUGACAGUCAAUCCCAAAGACAUUCAACUAGUGAAUGAACCGUAAAUAAACCCAAAAUGGUUCCCUCAGAUGAGAACAUCACGUUCCCUGUGUCAGAAAGCUGUCCCAACUGCAGUUCCUCCUCCUUCGCUGAGGUGGAUAUCACUAAGGCGGUGACCCUGGGCCUGGUGAUGGGGGUGUUUGUCAUCUUCGGGGUUCUCGGUAACAUCCUGGUUAUCCUGUCUGUGGUGUGCCACCACCACCUACGCUCCGUCACACACUACUUCAUCGCCAACCUUGCGGCGGCAGACCUGCUCCUGAGCUCCACCGUGCUGCCGUUCUCUGCCACCUCGGAGGUCCUAGGCCGCUGGGUGUUUGGCCGGUCUUUCUGCAGUGCCUGGGCCGCCCUGGAUGUUCUCUGCUGCACUGCCUCUAUCCUCAGCCUGUGUGUCAUCUCUGUUGACCGUUACCUAGCAGUCAGCUACCCGCUGCACUACCCUGCCAUGGCCACUGGGCGGCGCGGCCUGGUCGCAGUGGCAGCUCUCUGGGGCCUCUCGGCAGCCAUAUCCGUAGGUCCACUCUUCGGCUGGAAGGAGCCCGACCCAGAGGACGAGACUGAGUGCCGGAUCACAGAGGAACCGGGUUAUGCUAUUUUCUCUGCCCUGGGGUCGUUCUAUGUGCCACUAGCUGUCAUCCUGGCCAUGUAUUGCAAGGUCUAUGUGGUGGCCAAGCGGAAGACUCGAGACCUGAGGGAGGGAAGGAAGAGGGAGGGGAUGCAUACGGAGGGAGAGGGAGUGACACUGAGGAUUCAUCGGGGAAAUGCCCCUGCUAAGCCAGAGGGGCAAGAGGAGGAGAAAUGCAUCAUGAGGCGGAGACGCACCACCUUCGCCCUCAUGCACCUGCUGAAAUUCUCCCGAGAGAAGAGGGCAGCCAAGACACUGGGCAUUGUGGUUGGCUGCUUCGUUCUCUGCUGGCUGCCCUUCUUCCUGGUUAUGCCCAUUGGCUCCAUAUUCCCAUCGUACAGGCCAUCUGACACCAUAUUUAAGAUCACCUUCUGGCUGGGCUACCUCAACAGCUGUAUCAACCCCAUUAUCUAUCCCUGCUUCAGCCAGGAGUUCCAGAGGGCCUUCCUCAACGUUCUGCAUGGACGCUGCCUCAGACAGGGUGGCAGGAGCUCCAAGUCUCUGGGGUUUGCUCCUUCCUAUAGUCGCAGUCCUGGUCCAUCGUCUCUUUUUAGAUCCCAGCCUCACGCCUCCUCCUCCUCCACCCCCCCUACCCAGCCACGCCGAGCCACCUCCCCAGCCUCUCACGCCUCCUCCUCAGGCUGCUGGAGGACCUUCUCUGGCUCCUCUUCCUCGGUGGGGGUGCCAGGCCAUACCCAAAGUACCCGGGUCCACAGUAAAAGCCUGCUGAAGGUGUGGUGUUUUGCAGUGGGGGAGAACCCGUCCCAACAGGGUGCUGCUUGCCUGAGCCCCUCAGCCCCUGGUGCUACAUGUCAAACGAAAGUCCAUUGCCACUCCCUGGGAGCAAGAGGGGAGGCUGUCUGACUGGGAACACUAAAGGAUUCUGGGUAAUUAAAAUUUCCCCCAAGUUCUGGGAAAAGAUGUGGCACUUAUUGGCAUGAAGUUAAGACAUCUCUCUCGAGACCUGCUGGAAUCAGUCAGUACAGCUAUUGACAUAAAACUGAUGUGUCUUCAUGUUUUGGGAAAUGGGAGAGAAUAUACCCACUGAAGAAGAUACUGUAACACACCUGGAGGUAGAGAUGUACUGUACUGUAUGUGCUUCAUUGUAGAUUGAUGUACAGUAUGAAUCAAAAGGAUACACAGUGUCAGUACAGAAACUGAAUCAAGAGUACUGAGUCAGUAAAGAGACCAGGGUUGGGGAGUAGCUGAUUACAUGUAAUCAGUUACACGCAAUCUGAUUACAAAAAACUGUAACUGCAAUCAAUUAUGUUACCAACUAAAAUAUUGUAAUCAGAUUACAGAUACUUUAGAAAAACUAGAUUACUUCUUGGAUUACUUUUAAAUUCAGAAAGGCUGUUUGCGAAAAAAUACAUUAUGACACCUUUCUGUUUUCUCAAAUCAAAAUAAAAUCAAAUUGAAUUUGUCACAUGCGCCGAAUACAACAGGUGUAGACCUAACCGUGAAAUGCUUACUUACAAGCCCUUAAUUAACCAACAAUGCAGUUUUAAGAAAAAUAAGAAUUAAGAAAAUAUUGACUAAAUAAACAAAAGUUAAAAAAAUACAAGAGUAACAAUAACGAGGCUAUAUACAGGGGCUACCAGAACCAAGUCAAUGUGCGGGGGUACAGGUUAGUCGAAGUAAUUGAGGUAAUAUGUACGUGUAGGUAGGGGUAAAGUGACUAUGCAUAGACUAUAAACAGCGAGUAGCGGGGUCAAUGCAAAUAGUCCGGGUAGCCAUUUGAUUAGCUGUUCAGCAGCUUGACGGUAGAAGCUGUUAAGAAGCCUCUUGGACCGAGACUUGGCACUCCAGUCCUGCUUGCCGUGCCGUAGCAGAGGGAACAGUCUAUGACUAGUGUGGCUGGAGUCUUUGGCAAUCUUUAGGGCCUUCCUCUGACAUUCAAUUCAGCAUUGAUAAAAAGGAACAAGUUUAAGAUCGUUCCAACUGAGUCUGACCACAAGUUAGAGACCACUAUGAUGACACACCAAAUGUGUUUGAUGGAUCCUUUUUGUCUUGUUCUGAUGUCUCUUAAGGGGAAAGUAAUCCAAAAGUACCUUAAAGUAAUCAGAUUACGUUACUGAGUUUGGGUAAUCGCAAAGUUACGUUACUGAUUACAAUUUUGGACAGGUAACUAGUAACUGUAACAGAUUCCAUUUAGAAAGUAACUUACCUAAACUUGACAGAGACUGAAUGAAAAUUUGCUUUCAGGUCACCAAAGAUGAUUAUUUGAGGAUGAUGUCCAUACAUAGGUUCAAUUUACCAUCCAUACUGUUACCUUUUUUUGACAAUAUUUAUGACAAGCUUACCAUCAUGUGCAGUUUUCACGGUGCUUUGUACUGAAAAAUGUAAUGCGUGCUCGGCUCUUACUAUGUAAAGUAGCUACUGUGCUGCUGGUGUGUAUGCUUGUGUCUUGUGACAGUGGUCUCUUUCUUUACCUACUCAAAUAGCAGAAGAACAUGCACAGCUAGAUACUCCAACACACUAGACCCAGAGAAUGAGCCAAAUACCUGCUAUGCAUUGCAGGAUGUUAUUAUUUAAUCUUGCCAAUUCACCCUCUGAAUGCCACAUAUACACAAUCCAUGUCUCAAUUGUCUCAAGGCUAAAGAAUAUAUUUUUAACCUGUCCCCCUCCCUUUCAUCUACACUGAUGGAAGUGGAUUUAACAAGUGACAUCAAUAAGGGAUCAUAGCUUUCACCUGGAUUCACCUUGUCAGUUUGUCAUGGAAAGAGCAAGUGUCCGUAAUGUUUUGUACACUCAGUUUAUUUAGUAUGUUAUGACUUCAAAUAUCCAUAUAGCCACUUGUUAGAAACCAAAAUACAGGGAGGUUCCAACUUAUUCCCAUUAAUCCAAUCGGUCCAAUAAUAAACAACUUGAGAUAUUUA